AUGACAGCUAUGACACCAACAGCCACACUCUCAGCAACUACAACUGUUUCUCCAAUAAAGACUACUGAUUCAACAACACCAAUGCCACCUGCAACAACGACAGAAGUUUCUACAACAACACUAACUCCAACAACCAUACCUACAUCCUCAGCAACUGCAACAUCAACAACAACACCAUCUUCAACAACCACAACUAUCACCCCGACAACCAUGCCUACAUCCUCACCAUCUACAACAACACCACCAUCAACAACAACCACUGAAACAACUAUGACACCGACACCCACGCCUACAUCCUCAGAAACUACAACUGCAUCUCCAACAACAACACCAUCUACAACAACUACUGAAGUUUCUACAACCACAACUAUGACCACCACAACAAUGCCUACAUCCUCAACAUCCACAACCCCACCAACAACAACAACCACAACAACAACGCAAUCAACAACAACUACUGAAGUUUCUACAACCACAACUAUGACCCCCACAACAAUGCCUACAUCCUCAACAUCCACAACCCCACCAUCAACAACAACCACUCAAGUUUCUACAACAACUAUAACCCCAACAACCACUUCAACAACCACAACUGUGACCCCAACAACCAUGACUACACCCUCAACAACUACAACUGCACUUCCAACAACCUCAACUACUUAUCAGACCACAACUCCACCAUCAACAACUGUCACUGAAGUUUCUACAACUUUGAAUAUGACCCCUACAACAACGCUGACAUCUUCAGUAACUGCACCUCCAACGACCACAAAUACUUCCCCAACCACAACUACACCAUCAACAACAAAGACUGAUGUUUAUACAAUGACAACUAUGACACCGACACCCACGGCUACAUCCUCAGAACCUACAACUGCAUCUCCAACAACAACGCAAUCAACAACAACUUCUGAAGUUUCUACAACCACAACUAUGACCCCCACAACAAUGCCUACAUCCUCAACAUCCACAACCCCACCAUCAACAACAACCACUCAAGUUUCAACAACAACUAUAAACCCAACAACCAUGCCUGCAUCUUCAUCAACUGCACCUUCAACAACAACACCAUCGUCAACAACCACAACAAUGACCCCAACAACCAUUCCUACAUCUUCAACAUCUACAACACUGCCAUCAACAAUGACCACUCAAGUUUCCACAACAACUCUAAACCCAACAAUCAUGCCUACAUCCUUAUCUACUACGACUACAACUCCAACAAUAUUUACUGCAACAACAACACCACAAUAUUCAACAACUACAACUGAAAUUUCUACAACCACAAAUAUGAAUCCUACAACAAUGCCUACAUCUUCAGCAACUACAGUUGCACCUUCAACAACCACAACUGUGACCCCAACAACCAUGACAACACCCUCAACAACUACAAUUGCACUUCCAACAACCUCAACUACUUAUCCAACCACAACACCACCAUCAACAACUGUCACUGAAGUUUCUACAACUUUGAAUAUGACCCCUACAACAACGCUGACAUCUUCAGCAACUGCACCUCCAACAACCACAAAUACUUCCCCAACCACAACUACACCAUCAACAACAAAGACUGAUGUUUAUACAAUGACAUCUAUGACACCGACACCCACGCCUACAUCCUCAGAAACUACAACUCUAUCUCCAACAACAACGCAAUCAACAACAACUACAACAACCACAACUGUGACCCCAACAACCAUGACUACACCCUCAACAACUACAACUGCACUUCCAACAACCUCAACUACUUAUCAGACCACAACUCCACCAUCAACAACUGUCACUGAAGUUUCUACAACUUUGAAUAUGACCCCUACAACAACGCUGACAUCUUCAGCAACUGCACCUCCAACGACCACAAAUACUUCCCCAACCACAACUACACCAUCAACAACAAAGACUGAUGUUUAUACAAUGACAUCUAUGACACUGACACCCACGCCUACAUCCUCAGAAACUACAACUCUAUCUCCAACAACAACGCAAUCAACAACAACUACUGAAGUUUCUACAACCACAACUGUGACCCCCACAACAAUGCCUACAUCCUCAACAUCCACAAUCCCACCAUCAACAACAACCACUCAAGUUUCAACAACAACUAUAAACCCAACAACCAUGCCUGCAUCUUCAUCAACUGCACCUUCAACAACAACACCAUCUUUCUACAACCACAACUGUGACCCCCACAACAAUGCCUACAUCCUCAACAUCCACAAUCCCACCAUCAACAACAACCACUCAAGAUUCUACAACAACUAUAACCCCAACAACCAUGCCUGCAUCUUCAUCAACUGCACCUUCAACAACAACACCAUCAUCAACAACCACAACAAUGACCCCAACAACCAUUCCUACAUCUUCAACAUCUACAACACCACCAUCAACAAUGACCACUCAAGUUUCCACAACAACUCUAAACCCAACAAUCAUGCCUACAUCCUUAUCUACUACGACUACAACUCCAAAAACAUUUACUGCAACAACAACACCACAAUAUUCAACAACUACAACUGA